AUGGCGCACCGUGGAGAUCGUUCCCCGCCAGCUCCUUCCCCGCGACUCCCUACGGAGCGUUUCAAGCCCGCACAGCGACCCAAUCUCGACGUUUCAUAUGUCGAUAUCGACUCGUCUCCAGGUUGGCCCCGGGCCGCAGUAGUAUCUACCGCAGUUCUGUCAUUAGAUACCCAUCGGCCUUACUUUACCGCCCAGGUACCUAUCCGCGCCAACGGUGUAUGCAUGCUCGCACUUAUCGACACUGGGGCGGGAGUCACGGUUGCCAGUCAGACCUUGCUUCCCUUAUUAGGCAUCUUUCACAUGGGUCCUUGCCGGGUGCCGGCAGCUGUCGGCAUGGCCGGAACUCCUGUUAAGUUCGCUGGUUGUGCCAAUGUCACGAUCAAGCUCGGAAACACGGAGUACACUCAGUUGAUUCACUUCACGGAAGGUCUGUGUGUCCCUCGGUCAGUCGAUGCCUACAACAUCAUACUCGGAAACGAUUUCCUGCAACGGUUGCCACCUUGGACCUUGAAUUAUCCCCGUCGUUUGUUUUUGGUGGGAAGCGACACAUUGCCAAUCGUGACGACUACAUCGCCGUCUUCACCACCCGAUCUUCCAACAGAGAUCUCCAUUCCGGUUCGUGCGGCCGAAACCGUGCUCGAACAACCAUCGUGUCACUAUCGUGUCAUGGACGAGUCUAGUACAUCUGCACUCGCUGCUGACAUAGUGUCUCCUGUGUCCAAUAUCUCUGCUGAUUCCCUUGUAGGCAGUGUUUCGGCAUCGGGGGCUAAUGUCCAACCUUCUAACACGCGCAUUCUCGUCACUGAGGGUGGUGCAGCCCAGCCGCUACAGCAGACAGCAACCGGAUCGGACCAACCUCCUACUGAUGCUUCUUCUGGUCAUUCGGCAUCUCUACAUCCACGGGCUAAGGCUCAACUUUCGGACACCGACAAUGACUCGGCCACGCAUACGACACGGGAACUUCGGGAAUCACAUGCUUCUCCGCGAGCUUCGUAUAAAACGCGUGAUCAGGCACCGUCGAGGACUCGCCGUCGCAACCGCCGCUGGACUCAUGGCCAUCAACGGCGGAUUCGCCGAUCGUCUGACUAG